AUGUAUGUGAAAGUUCCAUCAGUCUCAUUAUAUUGCACUAUUGAUCGUGUGACCAACUCGAUGUCAAUAAAACGAAAAAUUGAUAGUCAUUGUCAACCAAUGUCGACACCUACCAAAAAGUUGAUUAUAAAUGGUGUGAAUGGUGAUAAUGAACAUAUUCUUGAAUCAAGUAAUAAUCAUAAUCAUAUUAAAAAUGAAUUAAUAAUAUCAACCGACAAACAACAAGAUGUAUUCUAUCCAAAAAGUAAAAAACAACGAGUCUUAUCUAGUUCAGGUAGAGCUCGAUCGUAUUCGCUUUCCCCGUCUCCAACAACUGUAUCCAACGGUAAUGCUAAUCAUACAUCUGAUUCAUGUCCCACAUCUCCUACUACACAAGAUAUUUCAAUUAACAAUGGUGCUAACCAUUCUCAUUCUCCUAAACAACAUAAGACAAAUUUUUACACCCAACUAUUAUCAUCAUCAGGAAAUAAUGUUUGUUUAAUCAGUUCACAGCUUAAAGCAGAAACUAGUUCACAUUCUUACACAAUUCCAAAUGAUUUAGUACAAAUAAAUUCGUCUACAUCGAAAUUUUUUCCUAACAAUUCAAAUAAUGAACAACAUGGUGAAAUUAAUGACGAUGAAUGUAAUCCUACUACACCAACAACCAUGACUCCAGACACAACAUCGCCAAUAACUGAAUGUCAAAGUGAAGAAAGUGAUUGCUUAUUAAAUGAUAAAGAUGGAAAAGUGAAUAAAAUUAAUAAACGAAAAUCUAGUACAAGAUAUAAUAAUAAACGUUUAUAUAGUCAUGACGAUUCAUUCAAUAAUACGAAUAAUCAUAUCACUCAGUUACAAUUACCUUCUGCUGCAGCGACAUCAGUUCCAACAGCCUCGAUGAAUGCUACAAUUAUUUUAAAUUUAAUACGUCCGUUACUUCAAGGAAAGGCGGACACAUCUGUCUCUACUCGUCAUCAUAAACAACAGCAACCAAAUGAUGACCAUCCGCUAAAUUUGACAAAACCAAAAUCAAUGAAAUCAAACCGUCUUAAUAAUCGACAAACUUCAACAAACAGUGAAACCAGUAAUUCAAAUUCUCCAUCACCAUUAGUUAACAACGCCAGUACUGCGAACAGUAACAACAAUGUGUUUUCACCAUUUCUAUAUAAUAAUCCAUUGUUAGCUGCUUUCGCAGCACAAAGUCCACCACCACAUCUUAGUUCAUAUUUAGGCUUGUCCAAACUAUCAGCUGAUUGUAAUCUCAAACAAAACAAUGAUAAUAACAUUAAGGGCAAUCAUUCAGCAAUGCGAUUAUUAAAUCCGGCAUUUUUAGCAGGUUUAAGUAUGUACAAUUUUAAUGUUCCAGACUCAGUAUCAUCAUCGAAUACUGGACAUUCUUCUGCGACUAUAAUAGGAACAAAUUCAAUAUCUCCAUCAUCUUCACAACAUCAAUCGUCAAAUAAUUUAACUGCUGCAUUAAACACAGGUGUUCAACAUAUCAAACAUCAUUCACCUCAUCCUCACCAUAACAAUGAAAUUUAUGAUUCAAAAGAAAAAUAUGUAACGAUGGAAAAUGAACCAUCAAUAGCUGAUCGUGUUCGUCGUAGUGAUCGACAUGUGAGUGACAAUGAUCAACAUAUUAAGAGGCCAAUGAACGCUUUCAUGGUAUGGGCACGUGAAGAAAGACGAAAAAUUUUGAAAGCUUGUCCUGAUAUGCAUAAUUCCAGUAUAAGUAAAAUAUUGGGUGCCAGAUGGAAAGCAAUGACAAAUGAAGAAAAACAGCCAUAUUAUGAAGAACAAUCACGAUUAAGUAAAGUCCAUAUGGAAAAAUAUCCAGACUAUCGAUAUCGGCCACGACCAAAACGAACAUGUGUUAUCGAUGGUAAAAAAUUAAGAUGGAGUGAAUAUAAACAAAUGUUAAAACAACGAAAAAGAUGCCAGUUCAGCGAAAUAGGUGGAUCAUUACCUUAUUUAGCAAUGAAAGACGAAGAUGAAAGUAGUUCUGACAGUCAAUGUUCACAGAAAGCUCUAUUAUUUGCUGACUGA